AUGGAGUCCUCAGAGAACCCAUCUUAUGAUCAUGAGAAGUGCCCUGACAAAAGGUUUGUAUGUAUCUUCAAGGAGAAUAACUUAUGCUCUGAAGAUACUGACUGUGAAGAUAAUGAGAAAUGCUGCAUGCUUGGCUGUGGGAAGAAGUGCUAUAACGCCUAUGGAGGUACCAAAGCCAUGUGUAAAUUGCCUAUGGAGAAAGGCUCCUGUGAGAUGUCCUUGUACCGCUGGUGGUACAAUUCCACGACUAAGACCUGCCAAAAAUUCACCUAUGGUGGCUGUUUUGGAAACAACAACAACUUUCAGUCCCAGAAAAUUUGCAAGACAUUGUGCAAAGCAUCACGUGAGGUCAUGGGAUCCUUCUAA